GUGCUGCUGUUACAUGUUGCAUUGUCGCUUUAAAUUAUCUCCGGUUUUAAUCCCAGCAGUUGAAGAAGAUAGCUGCACAUAAUUACGUCACGGCAACGCUGCUUUUUCUACAAUAAACUCGAAUUUUAAAUUAAAGUGGCAUUCGGAGCGGGUGGUGAACACCCGCUAGUCGCGCCGGUAAAAACGUUUACUAUACUUGUAUUAUUAUAACCGGAUAGGUUUCAAGUGACUGCCAUAUGGAAUUAUGUUCUUCAUUGAUUCCCAUUAAAACAGCGCGCAUUUUUCUGUCACUUGUCAAGAGGCAGAGAGCGCAGACACAGCCAGGACACGACGUUGAUCACCAGCAGUGGGACGGCACAGGAAACCGAACAUUGAGGAUAUAUACUCUAGAUUUUUGUCGGCGUUAAUUAAAAAACAGUAUUAGAAAGGUUUCAAUUCCACUGGUUUGGUGUCUGGUAUGACUAGGUUAUUCUAAUUGAUGAAAUGACGGCGAGAUGUUAUAUAAAGCGAGUAACGGAGAUGAGAUUAUACAGAAUAUAACGUUAGGUUCACUAGAAUCACAUGUGAUACUUCGACUGUACCGAUCUUUAUGGCACAUUAGGUAGCCAGAUAAUACUUGCUGGAUUUUUUUCUUGUAAUUUAAAGGUGAUUUGACAGCUAUAUCUAAUCUCAGAAAGAUUCAGCUAGCUAGUUUGGUAGCUGUUGUAAAUGCUGGUCUAUCCAGUAGUGUGCAUUUAAUUUAGCUAACCGUAGACGGCUGACAAACUAGCUAAAAUGAUGAGGUAGUAGGCGUAGAAUAAUCCCCACCAUUCUGAACAAUGUUUACUGGAUCAUAGAAUAUAUGUAAUAUUACAAUAUAGAUAGCUAAUUACGUUGGCUAUUAAAUAAAACGACCCGGCUAUUACCCUUGGUUUUUGUGGGCCUAUAUUCCAAUCUGACAUUAAUUGUUACCUAUGCGAAAUGGGCCCACAUUUUAAAUUAGAAAACAAAGAAUUAGGCAGGCUACUUGAGAGGUUAAACUGAUUACAGUUUUUCCGCGUUUUUAGGAUAGCUGCUGGCUAGCUAGUUUGGAAGUGUAGGAGCUUGCCGCUCUGUGUUCCUAAACCAGGGUCAGUUUUCUAAAUCGACGUUUUCAGUGCCGCCACAAUGGACAGUCAUACCGGGGACGACAUGAGUGUCGGGGAGGUGGAACCCAUGCCUGGCUAUGCGGAUCUCAUAACGAGAGCAUCAACAGUGAUGCCCAGUGCCUUGAGAGGCUGUAGCACUUGCGGUCUAGAGCUCUCCAAAAGGACGCUCCUGGAUAACGCUUAUAUUACCUGGACCGAAAUCGGCCUUUUCUUCAUCUGCGCUGUUAUGUGGACGCAGAUACGACGGAGACUAACAGAAUGUCUGUUCCAGCCGUUUGCACAAUGGUGUAGUCUCCAGCCCAAAGAUUCUGCCAAGAUGCCAGAGAGCUCGUGGAAGCUGGUCUUCUACACCAUGUCCUGGUCGUACAGCACCUACCUGCUCUUCUUCACCAACUACACCUUCUUCCACGACCCGCCCUCCGUAUUCUAUGAAUGGAAGCGUGGCAUGACGGUGCCCACGGACAUCGCCAUCGCCUACCUGAUCCAGGGCAGCUUCUACGGACACUCCAUCUAUGCCACGGUCUACAUGGAUGCCUGGAGGAAGGAUUCUACCGUCAUGGUGGUGCACCACGUCAUCACCCUGGCCCUCAUCACCUUCUCCUACGCUUUCAGAUUCCACAACAUUGGGUUGCUGGUGUUGUUCCUCCACGACAUCAAUGACAUCCAGCUGGAGUUCACCAAGCUCAACGUAUACUUCAAGACCCGUGGAGGGGGCUACUACCUCAUCAACGACAUCCUGUCCAACAUGGGCUCUGUCAGCUUCAGCAUCACCUGGUUUUGGUUUCGUCUCUACUGGUUUCCUCUGAAGGUUCUGUACGCCACCUGUGUGUCCAGCCUCCAGUCCGUCCCAAACAUACCCUUCUACUUCUUCUUCAACUCACUCCUCUUGACACUCCUCUGCAUGAAUAUCUACUGGUUUUUGUAUAUAGUGGCAUUUGUGGUAAAAGUCCUGACGGGGCAGAUGAAGGAUGUAAAAGACCUGAGGGAGUACGAGGGUGAGGACGGAGCCAUGAGGGCCGCAACCCUGCUUAAGGUUCACCAGCAGAGUAAAGAUGCAGGACAUCUCAACAAUUCUGCUGAAACUCAACUCAACAACUCUACUGAAGGGAAGCACUUGCAGAACGGGAUCACCAAGGAGAAGCAUCUAUAAUGGCCUCUCUAGCUCUAUCUCCUGGCACUUAACUCUGAAUGCAAGCAACCUACAUUUAGGUCUAAGUGAAUCGCAAAAAGGUUGAAAAACAUCAAAUUAGAAAAGUGAUAAUUUUUCAUUCCGUUUUGGCAUUGUUUUAUUAUAUCACUGUGAAUGUUAUUUCAGGUGACCUUUGUCUUAUAUUAACAUUAGAUUUAAAGAAAAAGAAAGAUGUGAGUUAUGUGAAUGUCCUCUCGUGUAGUCUACAGGGGCAUUUAGCAGUCGUGUCAGCUCUAACAAACAUAAGACAAGGUUGAGCUAUUGAUUUUGAAAUGUCUAGACCUAUAAAAAAUAAAAUUAUAACGUGCACACGUUGGAGGACAGUGCUCUAUUCAGUCUGCGUCGCUGAAGCACUACAGAUUGCGAUAAAAAAAUGUAAAGGUAAUUUUUAAUUGAGCCGACAUGCAGAGUUUACCGUGAAUGCACUCUGCUAACGCGGAAACGUUGCCUUUAAAUUUAAUCACAAUGUAAUGCUGAACCGCAAUACGGAUAGAUUAGGGCCUUAAAGCACUCACACAGUCACCAUGUGAAAACUCCUCUCUAGUAUAGUAUCGGGUUUCAGGUAAGACCCAAGUGCAGACUGUGUAGAAGUAACAAUGUUUAGUGUAACAGGGGCAGGCAAACGACAGGUCAAGGCAGCCAGGGGUUGAUAAUCCAGAGUAGUGGGGCCAAGGUACAGGACGACAGGCAGGCUCAGACAGAAGGUCGGUAAUCCAGAGUGAGGCAAAGGUAUAGGACAGCAGGCAGGCAGAGUGGUCAGGCAGUUAGGCUCGGAGUAAGGACAGUCAUGGGUCAAAACCAGGAGAGCGAGAAAAGAGCGACUGGAAACAGCAGGAGCUGAGCCCCAAACCACUGGUAGGCUUGCACAAAUAAGACAAACUGGCAAAGACAGACAGAAAACACAGGGAAGAUGGGUGACACCUGGAGGGGGGUGGCGACAACCACAAGGACAGGUGAAACAGAUCAGUGUGUGACAUCUGGAGAGAACUGGAUCUGCGUUUUUAAAGAUCCUUCCUCUAAAAGCCUAGUAGCUUUUUAAAGUUUAUACCCCCUUAUUUCAGGAGUGAAGGCUAAAAUACUAAAGGGAACUAUUGCAUCAUGUCACCAUUGUGGGUGAGAGGUUGCAUGUAAAGGGGCUGGUUUUGUUUUCCAAAAAUGUAUUCAUUUUCUUAUCAUCGCACAGGUCGAAAGUGACCACAUGUACAUUUCCUCAGCCUGACUGGCAAUAUUUGAAGAGCCACAUCGGUGUAGUAUAGAUGUCUUUUAAAUGUGAAUGACUUGUGAACCAAUUACAUUUUUUUUUUUUUUUUGCUGUCGUUUGAUAGGCAUUAGAAAUAUUGCUUGCAUUCCUGUAUGGAAAAUGCAUUGUUGAGUAUCAUCCUUAUGAUUUUGGUAAAGAUAUGGAUUUGAAUAAUACUUGUGUAAAAGAAGAUACAAAUCAAAUAUGAAAAACAUGCAGAUAUGGUAUUCAGGAAUGCAUGUCAUUGCAAUGGUUUUGGAAUAUGCUGUGAAGUCAUAAGCAAAAAAACACAAAUUAAGAAAACUACGAACUACGUAAUCUUAACCUUUAUCAAUGUGCAGAACUGACCUUAAAAAAGUUAAGUAAUUAGAGCAGACCGUCACACAGUCCAAAUGGUUCUGUCCUUACAUUUGAAUGUGCCACUGGUUGUGUGUGCCUGUGUUCCGCAACUCUCCAGUUUUUCUCUUUGCUGUGCCUGUGACGCAAGGGGUGCUGACCUUUUCGAUCAAAUUCAACCUCUUUCGUUUUGAUGAACUGUAUGCUUGUGCUGGAACAGGCCACAGAUGUCGGCAGGUAGAAGUGUCCAUAGUUGUGGAUGUGUCUUCCAGUCCCCAGCACUAGCUACCACUAGUGCCAGUGCCUGGGAUUACCUAGAUUUUGAUAUUACAUGCAAUUAUCAUUAUAGAUUUUUAUAAAUUGCUGCUGUUUCUGAAAACACUGUAAUCCAGUCGUGUGUCCCUUUUUCUGUGUAUGCGUCAGUUAAUGGUUUGUACAGAUGUGCCCAGCCAUCUACCAUGGUACUGUCCACAAAGGUGUGCGCACUUUUCCUCCAUCUCUGUCCAGCUCUCUCCUGGUCUGUCUGUCCUCUCCACCACAGACAACCACCAACAACCAGAUUGGCUUUGUGAGGUGAAACUACCCACAGCAAAUUCCCUUUGUUCAAGAAACAGUAUACUCCCCUUUCCCCCCCAAAGAAAAUACAUUUGUGUCAGAAAGACUAAGGUUAUAGAGUAGUAAUCACUUUUGUAAGUUUUAUUUUGAGGCAGAUCUGGCAGUUUGUGACUAGCAUUAAAUAUAUAGAAGUCCAUCCACAGUUCAAAAUGAAAAUGUGGAAGAAUAAUGAUUCUAUGCGUUGCAUUAAUGAUUUAAGAAUGUGCCAAAAAUGUUGAUCUUCAUCACAAGAAGUAUUCUGAGAGGCCUGGCCUGGACCUGGGUGGCUAGAAAGAGCUGUUAGAAUGGAUAUGAAGGGUGUAUGCCUCACAGGUGUUUCUUACAAAUUGCACUGUCAUUUAUUGCUGUUUUUUUGAUUGUCAGAAAAUAGGAAUGCAGGUAGAUUUGGGAUUUUUUUAUGAAGGUAUGUUAAUUGGUUUUAGGUAAAUAUUUAUUGGACCACUGCAAGAUCUCUACCAUCAGCCCCAAGUUUCAAUUUGACCACUUGGGUAUGACAGGUACUGACUUGUACCUUGUAUAAAACAAUGUUAAUAAUUCCAUUCAACCAGUGUUAUUGUAUCAUGUUUUCCCAUAAAAUAAAACGUGUUCAUUUGAAAAAGAAA